AUGCGGGAGUGCAGGAAGGCUAAACCGAUGCUGUUCCUUGCCAUUCUGAGCGUUGCAAGCGCCUCGAUCUUGCCGUCUUUCCUGUCCCCACUUGUCAAAGAGUUGAAACGCCAGCUAGCCAGGCAGAUCUUUGAACAAGGCAGACGAAGCCUCGAUCUCAUCCAAGCGUGCCUCUUGUACUCUCAAUACUAUGUCCAUGACCAGGACUCUGCCCAUGUUUUGCCAACUCAAUUUGUCUCUGCGGCCAUUAAUAUGUUGUAUGAUCUUGGUAUGGUCGGACUGAUUGCCUCUGUGUCGGAUUCUAAUAAGGAUGGGUCAAAGGAGGUUGCUCGGGCAUAUUUGGCGUGCUGCAAUGCGAUAUUGUUCCGCCAGCAAAAUCUUAUGCCUCCAUCGUCUAAUCUUGAAGCUUGUAUCAGCGUUUUAUCGGCGGCAGAUUCCGUGCUGACCCCUUCCGACGCCUUGCUAUGCAGCCUUGUGCGACUACAAGUCAUCUUAGAUAAUGUCUCAAACACUUUCGACCCAGGAGACAAGAAAGCAUGUGGGGAAUUUGACAGUUCGACCGUCCAAUACCAGCUUAGGACGUUCCAAGAGCGCUUACACAGUUGGGAAACAUCAGCGUCAAAUUUCGUCGAUGACCAUUUGAAAAAGUGUUCAGUGAAUUUUGCGAACAUCUGUAUCCACCAGGUCGCCUUACGAUGCUACAUGCAGAAAUCGUUUGAACGCGAUGAGUCUGGCUCUUUUUAUGCGACCAAUAUAACGCUAAGCUCCCAGCAUAUCAGCUCAAUCUGCUGCUGCUUGGACUCAACUCAGAUACUGCUUGACGCUUACCUGUCUCUCGACCGUCGCCUGGCUCGGUCGCUGCCGAAUCACUAUCUUAUGUGGACUCUGUAUGCAGCCGUAGCUCUCAUCAAGCUUACGCCGUUCAGAGAGGCGAUGAGAGCUAGGACCCUGGCUACACACUCUGAACAAGCAUCGGCCGUGCCACAUCUGGAUUCAAUGCUGAGCAAGAUCUCGCAAAUCACAGAAGACGGAUAUCUCCCGCAGGCGAAGACCUGGGGUGUGGCGUUCUCCAAGCUCAGGUUAUGGUAUCUACACAAAAAGCAGGUGUGCAUCAACGGGCAUGGGCGAUGUGACAGCGGAAGCGAAGAUGGGCCGGUAUACAGCGUCUUUGGCGAUUGGCCCGAGCAGCAGUCGCCGACUGAGGAUCAGGGUGCAUCCCACUGGGGAUCAGGACCUACUCCGCUAUUAUUAUCAAACUCGAGGCUUCCUGCGAAUGCGACGCCUGAACGGCCGAGCAGGCAAGCAAUGUCGAGAGACGGGCAUGGACCUCCUCCUGCCACCACUGCGUUCGGAGCUGGUACUAUUCAGUCGCCGUCUUCAACACCUGGCAGGCAGCCAAGACAGAGCUUUGAUGCCACUGCUUCGGUAGAGGCAGCGUACGACCCUCUCACAUAUGCAGGAACUAACUGGGACGAUCUGGUCUUGGACGCUAACUCGCUCCGAGAGUUUGAAUCUCUGAUGAUGGACGACUCAGAUUCUUGGUUGAAGAUGUUAAUGUGA